AUGACCACCAUCCUCACCCAGAUAGAAGCGGCCAUGAAUUCUCGUCCGCUUACGCCACUGUCGGAAGAUCCUGAUGAGCUAGACGUGCUCACUCCCGGACAUUUUUUGACUGGCUCAUCGUUGCUGGCGAUUCCCGAUCUGGACUACACGGAGGUUCCUACGAACCGGUUACAGCACUACCAGGAACUGCUACAACUAGUACAGCAGCAUUGGAAGCGAUGGAGGCGAGAGUACAUCUCACACCUGCACAACCAGAAUCAACGAUUCCCUCAAGCAACCCUGCUGAAGGUGGGUCAAAUGGUGGUCCUGAAGGAGGAUGGAUCCGCAGCCAUCGAGUGGCCUCUAGCUCGAUUCAUUGAAGUCUAUCCCGGUCCCGACGGUGUAAUCAGGGUAGUGAAGGUACGCACACCGAACGGUGCCAUCUAUAAACGACAGGCGUCACGUAUCUGUUUGCUGCCAUUCGAGAAGGCCUUGACUGGGAAGCCCACCAACACCUGCUAUUCUCAACCGUCAGGUGCAACCCCGAAGGAUGUAAACGCUGCAAGCCCGGAAAGCGCAACGUAG